AUGUCACAGUUAACCCUCCGCAUGAUCACCCGGUUGACGCGCCUGGCUUCCAAUCACCGGCCGGCCCGCCAUCAACUGUUCUCCACCUCGGCCAGGCGGCCCCUGAUGUCAACAACAGGCUUCACCGAAACACAGCUCACCGUUCGAGAAGCAGUCGCGCAGGUCUGCUCGGAGUUUCCCAACACCUAUUGGCAAGAACACGACCAGAAUGAGCAAGAUCCCAAGGAGUUCCAUGCUGCCAUGGCCAAAGACGGCUGGCUCGGGAUUGCUCUGCCAGAAUCUCUUGGCGGAUCCGGAUUGGGAAUAUCUGAGGCCACCAUGAUGAUGCAGACGAUUGCGGAGUCUGGGGCAGGAAUGGCGGGCGCCCAGAGCACACACGCCAAUGUCUAUGCUACACAGCCGCUGGCCAAGUUUGGGAGCACCGCCCAACUCGAAAGCACCAUUCCGAAGAUCAUUUCGGGCCAAUGGCGGGUUUGCUUUGGGGUGACUGAGCCGAACGCGGGACUGGAUACGCUGAGACUGUCAACCAGGGCCACGAAGCAGAGCGAUGGUUCUUACAAAGUGACUGGGCAAAAGAUCUGGAUCACUUGCGCUCAAGUGGCCUCCAAGAUGAUUCUGUUGGCGCGAACCACACCGCUGGAGGAGGUCAGGAAACCGAGCGAAGGGCUGUCAUUAUUCUGCAUCGAUCUUGAUCGUAGCAGCCCAGGUCUUGAACUCCGACGAAUCAAGAAGAUGGGCGGACGGGCUGUCGAUGCUAACGAGGUCUUCUUUGACAACUAUUCGGUUGGUGCCGACUCGUUGAUUGGCGAGGAAGGGCAAGGCUUCAAGAUUAUCCUGCAUGGGAUGAACGCUGAACGCUGCCUGCUCGCCGGCGAGGCUCUUGGUCUGGGGUAUGCUGCUCUAGGAAAGGCGGCAACGUAUGCUAGAGAACGUAACGUCUUCAAGAGGCCAAUCGGACAGAAUCAAGGAAUCGCCCAUCCGCUAGCAGAGGUAUACAUGAAGCUUGAGGCGGCGAAGUUGGCAACGUAUCAUGCUGCGCAGUUGUAUGAUUCGAGCAAGACCGAUAAGACGAUACGUCAAGAUGCGGUGGGUGUGGCUUGCAAUAGUGCAAAGUAUCUGGCGGCCGAGGCAGCGUUCUCGGCGUGCGAGAGAGCCGUGUUGACGCAUGGGGGAAUGGGUUACGCGGUCGAGUAUGACGUCGAACGGUACUUUCGAGAGUGUCUCGUGCCGAGGAUUGCGCCCGUUAGUCGAGAGAUGAUUCUGAAUUAUAUCAGUGAAAAGAUUUUGGAUCUUCCACGGAGUUAUUGA